CCCCCCCCCACCUCCAUUGUUCAUUUCUCUUCGUUCCUGAUUCUGGCCCUUGUCAUAGUUUUGACUCGUGGUUCUCUGCCCUUUUGACGACUCUCUCUAGCUGUAUUUAUCCCGAUUAGUGCUGCCACUCACCGCUUGCGCUUGUUGCACGCACAGACAGAGCUGGGCAGUCCUUCGUCAUAUCUCCCUAAGAGAUUCCUCAAGCCACGCGUUUUCCCCCGACAGCUUGUCCACCGACUGGAGGACAAAUUAGCGAUUAAAGUCAAUUCCAGUCUUUCUCCGUCGGCGCAUGGUGCAUUCCUCGGUGUGGGGGAUCUCGAUAGAUCUCCUUCGGUAGUUCCGACAUUCCACAACAUCUAAUCUCGCCAUUUGAAGAGCCAGCAUCGAUUUCGGCCUGACAUCAUAGGAGAAGCGACUCUUCUAUAGAACAAUGGCGGCGGAUUCAGGUCUCACGGCUCCAGGGAGCAGUACGUAUUCUUCGAAUACGCUCCAUGUUGGGGAUGGAACAUGGGACUCGGAGCGCGAUACAUUUCUGCUGCCCAAUCUGAUGGGUAUCAAUUUUGACACAAUGCGAUACAAUGGAAUGGGGAACAGAUUCAAAGAUAUGCCCGAAUACCAUACUCUCAUUGUCGUCCACGGGGUCAUCGCUACGAUCGUAUUUCUCGGCCUUGUUCCCAUCUCAAUCUUGAUCGUUCGAUAUUACUCGCGAUGGAACCCAUACUGGGCAUUCAAAUUGCACGUCUGGUGCCAAGUAUUGACGGUGAUGUUGAGCACCGUUGUAUUUGUAUUCGGCUGGUUCGCUGUCGGUCCCAGACGUAGUUUGACCAAUCCGCAUCAUGGAAUCGGCCUUGCAAUCUACGUUUUGGUGUGUUUUCAAGUCUUAUGGGGGUGGCUAGUUCACAAGUUUGAGAGGAACAAGAGGCGCUUUCAUGUGCCUUUGAAGCUUGUCAUACAUCGAUGGAUUGGCCGCGCAUUAGCGAUCUUAGGGAUUGUGCAAAUACCACUCGGUCUCACUCUUUACGGCUCACCUAAAGUACUUUUUAUUCUAUACGCCAUCGCCGCCUUUGCGCUUCUAGCAACAUGGUUUGUAUUGUCCUACCUAUACGAUACUGAGGGCUACCAUAUGGAGGGCGAUUUUGAAGCUCGUCGUAGCUAUGUGUCCGGGCCUUCUGGUCACGAUGGACGACCCCCUGGUGUUCUAGGUCCUAUGGCAGGGGCGGGCGCAGCAGGCUCGGGAUUGGGCUCACUUUUCAGAAGACGCUCUCGGGACAAGGAAUAUGAAUAUGAGGAUCCGCACGCGGUUUACCCAGAAGAAAAGUUCUCCGAUGAAGGACGACGCCGGGGACGCUGGGAAGACACUAUGCUCAAAUUGGGAGCUAUCGGUGGUGGUGCCUGGCUUGUGAAGAAGUUUCUUGACAGGAAGCGCGAUCGGGACGAUGAUACAGAGUCUGGUCGUUAUAGCCGUGCUCAUGCACGAAGUGAUAGUAUGACGGAAGAAAGCUUAAGUCGGCUGGAGCCAACGCAGCGCACUCCUUUAAAUCGCCCUCCCAGUCAACCGCCAAGCCGACCAGGGAGUAGACCCCCAGGCAGGCCUGCAAGUCGCCCUCAGAGCCCAGGUUCAUCAUACUACUACGACAGCACGUACCUAUCUGAGCGACCCGAACGGAGACCAUCACAUACACUUCGAAAUGCGGUUCUAGGUGCCGGGGCCUUCGCUGCACUGAAGGGUCUGUUCUCCCGUCGGAACAAAGCGAAUGAUGAGCAGCGCCGAUUAGAAGACUUGCGUCGUCGCGAGAUGGAAGACGAGAGGUUGACUCGCGCAAAUAGUGGGCGACGGUACCCCGGAGAAGCCUACUACCCGCGAGGAAGACCAGAGUCGUUCACUGCCACUGAUCUCUCGACGGAGUUGACUCGCCCGCUACGCCGUCCAUCGCAUGGAGAUUCCGUUCUUUCUGCUGUGCCUAUGGCAUCUGGGGCGGUUGAUAGAGCACGCUCAGACCUGCCUCCAGCAUCUGCUCCUCCAGUCCCACACGAUGUGGUAUCGGAAGCGCCUGCUCCACCACCUCCUCGACACGAUUCAGGCAACCUGGCAGCUGGUGUAGCGACUGGGGCUGCUUUGGGCGCAGCUGCCUCCUCUGGCCACCGCCACCGCAGCAGAAGCCGGCGUCGUGACGAUCAUGUCGACUCCCCUCCUGUAUCUGUCAAAUUGAAAAUGCACAACGAUGGCCGCCACGUCACGCUCAGGAGGUUGACCGACGAAGAAGCUGCCGCUAGCCGGGAAGCAAGGCGUCGAGAAAGAAGGAAUUCGCGUCGCCGAGCCGGCAGUGCAAGCUCCUUAUCCGGAAACGAAGGGGGCUCCUACGAUCGGUGGCGUCGUGUCGAAGAAUUGGAGCGCCAACAGCAGGAGCAAAUGCAACGAGAGCAAGCCGCGGCGGCGGCUGGUCUCGGGACAUCGGCGGCUCCAUCAGCUAGUAUUCCUGCAACCUACUAUGCGCCUCCGCCAAAUGCGAGCAACUUGCCCCCUCCGCCCCCGCCCCCUGUACCUUCCAGUCACCCAUACGGCGCAGCCAGUAUCACAUCACCUGGCACUGGAACAUUUACCGGAACCGAAGCCAGCGAAUACGCAAGCAAUCGACGUCGAAGACGUGCGGAACGAGCUCGAGCCCGUCAAGAGCGACAGCAAGGCGUUGAAUUCACCUGAUAAAAUGGGCACACUUGAUUCUUGUUUUUCUUUUUCUUUUUGUAUAGCAACGAUAUGACUCUGACGAUCUCAUGUGGUAAGGUUAUAUCUCUGUUUGUCAGUUUUACUAGCUCUUCAUUGUUGAUGUUGAUCUUGAUAAUUUGAUGUACAUGAUUUUUUUGUGUGUCCGGGCCCCUCAUCUGGUUAUUGUGAUGGGUGCUGUUGCUUUUGUGAUUACAGUAAUGAACGCACGCACGUACGUGGCUCGG